GCCACUCGUCUCUCUGAAACUCGCCGGCGAACAUGGAGAAGCUGAAAUCGGCGAUUCCCGAAACCCUAAAGCGCAUGGUGGCCGACACCACUCCCGGCGAUCUUCCCCGCACUUGUUCAUCUCUUCUCGACUUCCUUCUUCAUUUCCCGCCCUUUCACCACAUGGUGGAAGACUUGGCUGAAUCGGAGAAGGCUCUGUGUGGCAAGAACGAGGACGAAGCUUUGCAAUGGAAGCAGAAGGGAAAUCGGUGCUUCGCGACUGGAGAUUACUCCAAUGCUUUGGCUUCUUAUUCCCAGGCAUUGCGAGUUGCUCCUAUGGAUGCUGAGGACAUGGAUAAAAAUCUAGUUGCCACUUUGUAUCUGAAUCGGGCUUUCGUUUUGCAUAAAAUGAAUCUGCUAGCAGAAUGCAUACGAGACUGCAAUCGCGCACUGCAAAUUUCUCCAAGCUAUUCGAAGGCAUGGUAUAGAAGAGGUAUUGCUAAUGCUUCUUUGGGAAAUUACAAAGACGCUAUCAAUGACUUGAAUGUGGCAAAGACUGUUGAGCUGUCAUCAGGGGCGAAGAGCCAGAUAGAAAGUGAGCUGAAGACACUUUCAGAUGAAUGUGGUAGAACGACAAAUCCAGCACUUAAACAUACUGUAAAGCAGUUCAAUAUUUUGGCCAAAAAGGAUCAAAUAGCUGAAGCGGAUCAAAUAAAGCUACAAUGUGUGAACACACCAGAUAAAGCAAGGGGUAUGGCUUCAACGAGUAACAUUCCACCAGGCUCCUUAGUUCAUACUGAAGAACCUUUUGCAACUGUAAUAUUGAAGAGUUGUCGGGAAACUCAUUGCCAUUACUGCUUGAAUGAACUACCAGUUGAUAAAGUUCCUUGUACUUCAUGCUCGAUACCCGUUUACUGCUCCUUGAAUUGUCAACUACGUGCAGGAGGGAAAUUGUUUAGUUUCCCAAAGAGUCAUGGAAUUCAAAAAGGUCUAUCCAACAAUCUUGAAAAGUAUGUUGCAGAGAUCACUUUAGGCGCAAACUCAGAAACAGACAUUGAGCAUAUACCUGAACAUAGACACGAAUGUCAUGGUGUAUCAUGGCCUUCAGUAUUGCCAUCAGAGAUAGUUUUGGCUGGUCGAGCAUUUGUGAAGUCCAUAAUGCAAAGAAGAGGUUCCCUGGAGAUUGCUAAUCUCAUUGAAAUUUUGGACCUUUCUCACCAUUAUUCUCAAAUGUCUCCUGAAAGCAGAUUGGAGGUACAAAUAUAUUCCACCGUAUUGUUAUGUUGUCUGCAGCGCUCCAGUGACCUUGAAAUUCAGAUUAAUGGGUUCUCUAUAGCACAGGUUGUCAUUAUUAUAUCUCAAAUUAGGGUGAACUCUAUGGCAAUCACUCGUAUCAAAUCCAUUGAUGUUAAUGGAAUUGUAGAUCAGUUUGGAAAAUUUUCAUCCGGAGCUCUAACUAGUAACGUGGAACAGGUUAAAGUAGGUCAAGCUAUUUAUAAGGCUGGAAGUUUGUUAAACCAUUCUUGCCAGCCCAACAUUCAUGCCUAUUUCCUUUCACGUACACUCUUCAUUCGAACAACAGAAACUGUAGCAGCUGGGUGUCCCCUGGAGUUGUCCUAUGGUCUACAGGUUGGGCAGUGGGACUGUAAAGAUCGUAUCAAGUUGCUGGAAGAUGAGUACUCAUUUCGAUGUCAGUGUCGUGCUUGUUUGAAAGCAAAUUUCUCUGACCUUGUUCUACACGCUUUCCAUUGUAUCAAACCAAAUUGUUCCGGUAUAGUAGUGGACAGCGGUGUUCUGAACUGUGAAAAGCAUAAAAUUGAGCAACUCUAUGACAUUGUGGGUACAAGCAACUGGGAACCUCAUUUCCAGGUUGAGAAUUUUAACAGUGAUUAUGCCAAUGAAGUGAUGCUAGAUGCAUUUUUAGACAGCAACAGUUCAUCCAAUGUAAAUCCUGGGAAUUGUCUGAAAUGUGGCUCCUACUGUGAUCUAGAAACUUCUCGUGCAACAGUAAAUAAAGCUUGGAAAUGUAUCAGAAGGUUACAGGAUGGUAUAGUUUCAGAAGAUAUAUCUAGUUCCGAACUAUCAGAUACCCUAACAUCUCUUGAUUUGCUGAAAUCAACUCUGCAUGCAUAUAAUAGGAGAAUCGCAGAGGUGGAAGACAUUCUUGCGCAGGCCUUUUGUAUGGUUGGGGACUUACAACUUGCAAGGGACCACUGUAAAGCAUCAAUAGAGAUCUUAGAAAAGCUCUACACUUGUAAUCAUAUUGUCAUUGGACAUGAACUUGUGAAGCUCUCAUCCAUUCAGCUGUCCUUGAAUGAUCCUGCUGCCGUUGACAGCAUAAAUCGAGUGGUCAAGAUUUUUUCAUGUUAUUAUGGAUCGGAUGCGGACUUCAUAUUUCCUCAUCUACAGUUCCUUCGAAAAGAAACAGAAAAAUUUUCAUUGUAAAAAACCAAGUAAUUUGAUUUUAAUUUUAUCUUUUUGAAAAUGCCCAUUUGAAUACCAGUUGCAUGGAGCCUUGUGAAAAAUUGCAUUCGUUAUUCAAGUAGCCCGGGUUUACA